AUCACUUGACUUGACAAGAGAAAUUAGAGUGAGAAGAGUAAAAUUUUCUAACCAAAAUACUGGCAGUGUUUUUCGCAUUUUCUAUAUUUUCUCAUUAACCUAAAUAGAAUUUUUGAUAACGAUUCAAGUUUUACAGUUAAUGUAUUUAUUUUAUGGCUUCAAUCAACUUAUCCUAAUGCAGCAUUUUAAGUGGACAGUGAGACACUGGAAUGGAAAUGUUAAUAUUUUGAUGUCAAUGAUUACUCCAACAUAAAUAAAACUAAUUGUAUUAUGUAGUACCACCAGCACCAACUGUAUUUAAAUAAUUCCAAGUUUAAUCAGACGUGAUGGGUAGUUGUUGGUGCAAACAAAAGAAUGAAGAUCAUGAUACCUACAUACCACAGUCACCCAACAGUCUUCAAGCCCAUAACAUCAUACAGCCCCUGUCCCCUGUUAGCCCGCAGUAUCCCUUUAAGCUAACGAAGCUUCCUGAUGCUGCAUAUGUGGAUAAAUUAGUGCUGGAAACCUUAGGAGUUAUUGCUACUUUAGUUGAUAAUGAACAGGAGCCUCCAAGUUCUAUGCUUCUCGUGCAUAAUAUAGCAGAUAAUGAAGAGGGUUGGAUCCAAGUUGUGAAUUCAAUGAUUAAUGUGAUACCGAUGCAUGACCCCUUAGGUCCUUCUGUCAUCACAUUAUUAUUGGACGACUGCCCAUUGCCGUCAAAGGAAUCAGUAUUUAAGGUGGUAAACAUGCUAAAUUUAUCCGAAAAGGCAGCGGUAGAGGGUAGGUCGGAUGCUCCAAAACAAAGAAAUAUUUGCGUCGUGUUAGGUUGUAUUGCGGAAAAGUUAGCAGGUCCUAGAAAUAUGGAAAUAUUAACCGAUAGUAUUAUAGAUUACUUAUUAACAAAUUUGGAGCCUGUUACACACCCCAGCGUUAUAUUAUUUUCCUUGAUAGCAUUAGAAAAAUUUGCCCAAACUAGUAGCAACAAAGUAAUAAUCCUGAAAAAAAUCGCCAAACUCCCCACAUGUCCCAUUAGUUUGCUUGAACCCUGGAAAGAAGAAGCACAUGCUAAACAACCCAGACGUCCAGUAUGUUUGGUUGAACCCUGGAAAGAAGAAACACAUUAUGUCAAGAGGCAGGUCGGAUUCUGCGCACAGUGGAUACUCGACAACUUGUUUGUAAUGGAAAACCGACAAUAUAGUUACCAAACAGUCAAUAUGGACACCAUAAAUGCGAUGUUGAAUACUUCGGACGUUAGCGAAUAUUUAAAAAUUUCUCCAGACGGCUUAGAAGCUCGGUGCGAUGCGUACUCUUUCGAAAGUGUCAGAUGUACGGCUCAAGCCGAUAAAGGAAUAUGGUACUACGAAGUUUGCAUUAUUACACCAGGUGUUAUGCAGAUCGGAUGGGCAACGAAAAAUAGUAAUUUUUUAAAUCACGAAGGUUAUGGUAUCGGAGAUGAUCGAUAUUCAUUAGCAUACGACGGCUGCAGAAGGUUAAUAUGGUACAACGCAAAAUCUGACCCGCAGAAUUUACCAAGCUGGCAACCUGGAGAUAUAUUGGGAUGUCUUUUAGACUUAGAUAACCAACAGAUUAUUUUUUCUGUCAAUGGAAUAGCGUUACCACCAAGUAUGCAUGUGUUCACAAUGGCAAAGUCUGGAUUUUUUGCCGCAGCUAGUUUCAUGUCAUUCCAGCAAUGUCGAUUUAACUUCGGUGCCGAACCUUUCGAGCAUCCCCCGAACGUGGCCUAUUCCACUUUUAACGAAUGCGGAUCUCUACGAGCCGAAGACAAAAUCGUUUUACCUAGGCAUAUAUUUCUUAAUCAACUUAGGGAGCAGAAUAUAGGAGAAGAUAGUUGCACUCUUUGCUACGAUCAGAAGGCUUCGAUCCGAUUGCUUCCCUGCGAACACUCCGGUUUUUGUGCGUCCUGUGCCAAACAGCUAGUAGAAUGUCCUAUGUGCAGAUCUCCGUUUCGCGAAAUAGAAGAAUAUCCUCAGUCUUCAUGACAUACAAGAUGUCGUUAAUCCUCCAAAACAAUAGCUUACAGGUCGAACGUAUAUGUUUCAAAAUGGAAAAAAGAAUUAUUUAUAAAUGAUACGUCUGUUAUGAAAUAACAAUAUUUGUACAAAUGUGCUGCAUCGUAUGCAGAGAACGGGUUUGUAUUUUAAAAUACUUAUUUAUUUUAAUAUUUUUAUUCCUUUAACUUUAUUGUUAUGUAGUCGUGGAUACAAAAUGUUUGUUAAUAUCGGUGAAUGUACAUUGUGGCGUUUUUGUCGAUGUUCUUUUUAUAAAUAUAUCUUCAUUAAAUAACAUAAAUAACAUAAUAAAAAGUAUAGACAACAUAAUUAUAUUAAAGAUGUAAGAUUAGCUAAUUUUCUUGUUGGAUAAGAAGUACGAAGUGGUACUAGGUUCCAGAGUUCUUCAAUGGGUGUGAUAAAUAUAUUGAAGAUAUACAAUAAGUCAAUACGACCAGUUCAUAACAGUCACUCAUGUUCUAAAUGUGAGAAUCAGUGAGAGCAGCUAAAAGUGAGAGUUAAGUCUGUUGAAUAAGGUGAAUGUGACAAAAAUUCCUACCUUAAUUCACUGAUUUUACUGAUAUUUUUUAGCUGUGUGGGAGAAUCCUUUGUCUUGAUGAAAAAUAUCUUCUUUUUUUAUAUUUUAAAUAUCUGUAAUUUUUCUUAAUGAAAAUUUUUGCAGUAAUAAUCUUGUUCGUUGUUGUACCAGUUUGGAGAUAAUCUACGAAUAAAUUUUUUUGCUUCCUAAAAACUGAUGCUGACACUUUCCUGACCAAUUUGCAGCGGAGCCCAGUUCACAACACCUGAACCUCUUAUUUUGGUUUAGCCGUAUGUUGGCAGAUCCAAGUUUCAUCCAUAGCGAUUAAACGAGGCAUACAAUGCUUGUUAUCCUUUCUUCUACUUUUUUAAGUGCUGUGUCCUAAUCGGAGGUUGGAUAUCAUCAUCACUAUCUUUACUCUAUCUACCGCUGCUCUAAAGAGUUCUACAGAACUGCAUUUAAACCAGUCCCUUAAAUUCUUCAACCAUGACACUCUUCUUCUUUCUAUUCGCGGUGUGCAAGUACUUGGAAGGGAAACGAGAAACGACCGUGCGCGAGUCGCGGAGAAUUUUGCAACUAUCUUAAAUAAUUCAUAUUGUCAAUUGAAAUUGUCAAAUUGAUGUAUAUUUCAUACCUUCUGUCAUUGAAGCAGAAAAAUUAUAUAUUGCUCCACGAUAUUGAUAUGAUAUGCAAUUAUUAUAUAAAGGUAAAUUUAAUUAAUUGUAUUUUGCUUGCAGUACUGCAUUUUAAUAACUAAUUUUAUUUACUACAUACAAUUGUUCACGUUUGCAUAGCAUAACCUGCAUCUUAUUUUUUCUUCUUAUUAUUUUUUUGGACUAUGGCCUUGACAAUUAUCCAGCAACCAGGACUAAUAUAAUUGGCCAAUAUAAUUAAAAGUGCGAAUAAAAGUACAGAGCGUAGAAAUAGAGGUCGCUUUGCCGAACUUGCACGGUCCCAAUACUCCUUCAUCCUCUUAUCUGUCCCUGUAUUAUCAGUCUUAGCAUUUCGUAUCGCUUUCCCCUCAUUACGCAUCCCGUAACUUUAUGAUUUAUAUGGUGUUGAUUAUUUCGUUUUCUUUGCCCCUUUCUCGCAGUAUACUUCUGUGUUCGUUUUCUUCUGUGUCCAUGCUAAGCAUUAUUCUAUAACACCACAUUUCAAAUGUCUGCACUUAUUUAUGUAUUCUUGGUUCAAUCUCCAACUUUCAAGUACCUAUUGCAGUAUCGAAAACACGUAGCAUCUCUCCAAAUUUUGCUGAAAAAGUGGAAGUCAAACUUUUUUUUUUAAUACACUGUGCAUACAGGGUGAUUGAUUAGUGGGGUAAUAGUGGCUCAAUAGAUCCGCUAUAGUAAUAGAUAGCAAUAAAAGUUAAUAACAAAAAUUUUAGCCACCUUUGAGUUUCACAUUACAAAAUUAGUUAGAAUGUUACAGGGUGUUCGAUAACACAGUGGCAGACCAAACUUAUGUUUUUUUAAAUGGAACAUCCUAUAUUUUAUUUUAUAUUCGAAAUACUGUUAACUUCUCCAUCACAAAAAUAUAAAGGUUUGUUAUGUUAUACAGGGUAUUUACAAAGUUAUAACCAAUUAUAUAUAAAAAUCGUAACAAAUUCAACUCCCUGUAUAAAUAAAAAUAAGCAAAACAGCAAUGGUUUAUUAAUGCCAUAUUUUUUACGUAUUGUCAAAAUUUUCAAGAAUGAUUAAUAUUUCUAAUUUUCUUUAUAUCAAAUACAGGGUGAGUCAAAACGCAAGUACAUUAUUUUCUCACUAUUUUUAAAUAGAACACCCUGUAUUUUAUAUCACUAUUGAAAAGUACCAUGACCGUACUUUAAUUUUUAGAUAACAUUCCCUAUGUCUAAAUUUUUUAGUUUUCGAGAUAUUUUCAUUUUUCAAUGGACCAGUAGCGUGGCCACCCAAAUCACCAGAAUUUAAUAAACUGGAUGAUUUUUUUGGGGUUAGGUUAAUAAUGAAGUUUAUAAAAUACCUCCAACAACAAGGGAUGAGAUGAAAAAUAGAAUACAAAGUGUAUUUCGAUGUGUUAAUUUACAAAUGCUUCGUAGAGUAGUUCAUUCAAUGAUCGUUUUUAGGCGUGCAUAAAUGUGUUAGGAGGUAAUUUUGAACACCUUAUGUAAUUAAUAUUAAAAGUAUUUUAUUAAAAGUAACUUCUAAUUUUUUCAAACAUGUUUUUUUUGCAAAAUGUAUUACUGAUAAAUUAUGUUUCGUUCUUUAUUUGUUACAUUGUUACAUUUACAUACAAAAGUAGUGUUUAAUUGUCUUCACAAAAUGUUGUAUUUUGUGUUUGUGUGUUUUUUGUAAAAUUUAUUACUAAUUUUCUUUCUUUAUUUAUUACAUUUACAUAAAAAAGUCGUUUUUAAUUGUUUCAAGAAUGUUGCAUGUUGUGCUUUGUUCUUUUUGUAAAAUGUAUUACUAAUAAAUUAUUUUUAUUUCUUUAUUUGCUACAUUGUUACAUUGAUUACCGGAUUGAUAAUCAGUAAUCGUUAAUUGUCAAUUCAGUCAUGGCUUACUUAAAAUUUGGAUAAAUUUAGACACCUAAAAUAAUUUGCUCUGAAAAAUGAAAAUAUCUCGAAAACUAAUAAAUUUGGACAUAGGGAAUGUUAUAUAAAAAUUAAAGUACGGUAAUGUUACUUUUCUAUAAUGAUAUAAAAUACAGAUAUAUAAAAUACAAAUACAUUCCAUUUAACAUUACUGAGAAAAUAAUGUACUUGCGUUUUGACUCACCCUGUAUUUGAUAUAAAGAAAAUUAGCAAUGUCAAUAAUUCUUGAAAAUUUUGACAAUGAAUAAAAAAAUAUGGCAUUAAUAAACCAUUGCUGUUGUGCUUAUUUUUAUUUAUACAGGGAGUUGAACUUGUUACGAUUUUCAUACAAAGUUGGUUAUAACUUUGUAAAUACCCUGUAUAACAUAACAAACCUUUAUAUUUUUGUGAUGGAGAAGUUAACAGGACUUCGAAUAUAUAAUAAAAUAUAGGGUGUUCCAUUAAAAAAAAAAAAGUUUGGUCUGCCACUGUGUUAUCGAACAACCUGUAACAUUCUAACUACUUUUGUAAUGUGAAGCUCAAUGUUAGCUACAAUUUUUGUUAUUUCCUUUUAUUGCUAUCUAUUACUAUAGCGGAUCUAUUGAGCUUUACACUAAUCAAUCACCCUGUACAGCUUUGUGAAGCCCACAACUGCAGCCAAAAUAUUGCUAGCACUGCCUAAUGAAUUCUUAAUCAUCGGCAAUCAGUCCUUUGCAUCCACUGCUGGAUAUAGGCCUCCCCUAUUUCCGUUCACUGUCUUCUGUUCUUGGCGCUUUGAAUCCAGUUUGUUGUCAUUCCUUUUAUAUCGGCCAUCCAUCGCGUGGGUGGUCUAUCUCUACUUCUGUUAUCGGCUCUUGGUCUCCGCUCGAGCAAGCUCUUUGUCCAUCUCCCAUCUGUCAGACGGGCGACAUGACCGGCCCAGUUCCAUUUAAGUUUAGCCACCUGACAUACAACAUCUGUGACUCCUGUUCUCAAUCGUAGUUCUUCGUUUGUGGCAUGGUCCCGUAAUGGCACACCAAUCACCGACCUUUCCAUCUUACGUUGAGCAAUUCUUAGCUUCUUAGCAGAUGCGGUUGUUAAUGUUACGAGUUUCAGCACCAUAGGUCAUAACCGGUGGUGGAAUUCCUUAAUACUGUCCCCAAAACACUAUCCUUUAUUUUGCAAUGUAUAAUGAGUUUCCAAGGCAAAAUCCGAGGGAAGCGAAAUGUGGGAAGACGAAGAACAUCCUGGCUUAAGAACUUACGGGAAUGGUUCGAAUGUAGUAGUGCAGAGCUAUUUAGAGCGGCAGUCAACAGGGUCCGCAUUGCCAUGAUGAUUUCCAACCUUCGAUAGAAGAUGGAACUUAAAGAAGAAGAAUGAGUUUCAUGUACUUUUCAGACGUCCAAAAUGUGGAUUGUCUUUAAGACUUGUAUGACCAGAUUUAAAUUAAACAAGAUACUUUUUCACUGUUCCAAUUAAAUAAAAAGGGUCCUCGUACACUCUUAACAAUAUUUUAUCCAAAAUAUUUCUACAGGAAAACCCAUUGCUGAGAGCUGUCAAUUUCUGCUCCAUCGACGUUUUCAACAUUGAGUAACAAAAGAUUUUAUAUUGUUGAUUAGCAUUGAGUAAUCACAACUAUUACAGUCUUUGGCUGGCGAACAACGAUGAGUAGAGACCUGAGAAGGAACCCAACAGAAGAUGAGAGUAAAAUUUUGAGUACUUCAUGUAGAAAUUCAUAUACACACCAAUUUUCCAUGUUUUUGAGUCUUUGAUAGGGUAAAAUUUUUUAUUAUACGUUAUCCAAUGACGUUAUCAUUGGUUGCGUUAAUGAUUUCUGUAUUAGUGACGGUUUUUAAGACACCUGGAUCUGAACUAUUAUCAUCAUGAUAUAAUAUGAUGCUAGAUAAUAACACUCUUUGUUGACAAACGUCAAGAGCAAGUAACGCCACCUAUCGAAAGUUAAAGUAAUGUCAAACUACUCUAGGUAUUGUCCGCACCGGAUUUGAAUUUAACGGUUAGUAUAAGAGUAAAUAUAAGAGUAUUGGUUUGCCGUCAGAAUUCCGCAUUAUCUUUCUAUUUUAUUAAUAUUACUUUAUUCUUGUAUAGUUAAAUUUUACAUUCAUUUUAUUAAAAAUUUCAAAAAUUACUUUCAACAACAAACAACAAUUAAAGAAAAGAUUGUACAAUUUGAGGUUUAAUAUCAAAUAUUUGAAAAAAAAUCUAUAUUUUUGUAAGUGUUGAUUUAAUCAUUGGCCUUACACUACAAAUUGGAGAAUUAUAGUACAUCCCAAACCCCUUUUUUUCGCGCGUCAUUAAUUUUGACGUCAUAUAGGAUUUUAAGAAUGUCGCAAAUCAUUACAUGACAUUUUAGUUAAAUCUGACAGUUGUCAGAAUAUUUAUAUUUAUAUAAACAUCAAUAUUUAUACAAAAAUUUGCUAGAAUAUUAAUAUUUAAUAAAAUCAAAAGGAAAAAAUUCUUUUCAUUGGCUGUAUACCAUAAUAAAAAAUUACUAAGGAAGUAAAACUUCUCUUGUAGGUAGAUGGUAUAUAAAUUUAUUAAAAUUUUUCUAAAAAGAUCCAAGUUGGAUUAAAGUGGGUACAUCACUAGUACAAAACAAACGUUUUCGGACUAAUCAGUCCAUCAUCAGGUUGAAACUUCAGAUCCAAAGUAGUUGGAACUAGCUACAUAGGUAGAUCGAAUGACCUUACCAUUAUAAAAAUUAAGCCAUUUAGGCUACAACAAUGUCGACAAUAAGUCGAUGUUAAAAGAAUACAUAGUCUAAUUGUAUGUAGUCUAAUAGUAAUGAUCUAUUACUCACGGGUAAAGUAAUGGGUGCUAUUAUCUAUUAAAAAAUGCGAAUAAUGAGCAUGUUAUUAAACGGUCGUAGAAAAAAUAGUUUAAUGUAAAACUUAAUAAAUAUAAUAUCAAAUUUGCCCGAAAUAUCAAAAAUGCCCGAAUAUACCAAUGACAUAAAAUAUUUAUGUUAACGUCGUUGACAAAUUUUUAACCUAGAAAUUACAAUUGUCAUUUUACCAUAUGAUCGGUUAUGUUUGUGUCAAAUAAUCUUUACUAGCCUGACAAAGUUCUAACCUAGAAAUUACAAUUGUCAUUUUACCAUAUGAUCGAAUAUGUUUGUGUCAAAUUAUCAUUACUCGCCUCAUUGAUUAGUUAUUUAUUUAGAGUAUUGUAGUCGCCAACCAAUUAUACAUCUAUAAGUAGAAAUCCGUUUUAAUAUGCAAAUACCCGUCAAGGAAUACAUACUUUUCUAAGUUCAAUGUAUAAUAAUCACAGACGUGCGUUUUUCUGUCACUUCCAACUGUAAUGUGUUAGAGAGAAUUAGAUAAUCUGUGACGCACUGGAAAAAGGGUUUGGGACGGGCUAUACCCUACUUGCUCUAACUGGAAUUGACCCUCGUAUUCUGUGGUCCUAUACAUCUAAGUUUAGUAAUAGCAUUUAGUGUUUGUGUUCUGUCUUACUGUGAUAUUGAGUUAUAGAAAAUAAGUAGUUUCUUUAUACGUUGUGUAUUUUUAGAAAAAAUUUGCAUUUAGAAUUUUUAGUCAAUGUUUUAUUAGGAAAUGUUUUAUUAGAAUUUUUUAUUCGGUUUUCUCUCAAUUUUCGUCAAUGUAAAAUUUAAAUUGCAUUGGUCAUGAAGUUAAAUUUUCAUUAUUUACAGUGAAUUGUUUCUGUAUCAGUUCAAUAAUUUUAGAAUUAUUUUAAUAUUUUGACUUGUAUACAUCAUAUUUUCAAAAACAUUUAUACAAGGAAUUUGGUAAUCAAAAACAAUCACAAAGGCUCGAUGAUUGUUGUGUCUUUUUCAGCAGUACGUGAGUUGAAUUUAUUCACUGCAACGCUCGAGCUGAACCGCGUCGUGCAAGCUGCUUGCGAGUGACUUGCAAGCCGUGUGGACCGAAAGCAUGCCAGAUUCUGCUACGUCGCCACGUGCACGCGGCUUGAAAACAAGUCAUGAGGUUUGGCAGUCUGUGCUGGGCAAUCAGUGAGUACACGUUGACCGCGUGAUGGAUUUCAACGUAGAUACAGAGCUGUUUAUUUCUGGCGUGUAUUGACCCCGAGAAACCGCUAAAAUGUGUGUCCAGGCAACCGAAUAACGUUUCCAAAACGUUGAAAAGACGUCAUAAUUAUCACCAAACCACGUCAGUUUAUUACGUUUUUUCGACGUCGAAAGUCACGUGAAUAUGUCCCACCAUAACAGACGUCAUCUUUAUCACGUUUUAGAUACGUGAUAUCAAAAACGUAGUUUUUAUGUCGUUUUUUUAGAUUAUUUUUAAUUUUAUGGUUUUAAAAAUACACAAUAAUAAUUAUUCGUAUGGGCAUUGUUGAUAUUGCAAUUUUUCAUUUAACUGUUUUAAAUUUAGCUUAUAGGCUAAAAGUAAAACCAAGAAACACUUUAUAAAAUGCAUAGAAUUACAAUCAAAUUAAAAUACCCUCAAUUCAAAAUUAUAGAAUUUUCACUUUUUAUAUAGGUAGGUAUACUUACUGUGUCAAAACUGAAACAACAUAUAAACUAAUAAAUAAUUUAUUAACAAAUUAUCCAGCAUAAUCGUGAACAACACAUAAUAAUAAGUUCAUUAACAGAAAAUAAACGCCAAAACACCAAGUCAUAUUUUGCCACACAAAGCACGUAAACAAUAAAUCAAGUUUGGAGCAAUGUCAAAUGUCAAUAUAUAACAUAAUCAUUAACUCUUUAAACUCCUCCCAUUUUUGUGACUGGGGCUGUCUGAAAUGAAAACGUGUUUUUAAAGGUAUUUUAACGUCAUUAAUCUUACGUAUUUAAAAUCACCUACAAAAGACGUUUAUACGACGUAAUGUGUGUAUAUAUUCAACCAAAACUGACGUUUCCUCGACGUUAUUGACUUCACUUGGUUGCCUGGGGUUGACAGGAAACUUGGCUUGAAAACAGGCAGCGUGCACGUAGCUUAAAAAGACUCAAAUGUUCAUGGAGCCUUACAUUAAACAUCUGGUUAAAACGUUGGAUCUGCGCAAAUGCAAACUGAUACAUAAACAAAUCUAUUAAAUAUCUGCAUUUUUAGUCUCGAUUUAAAUAAAACUUUAAUGUAUUUAGUAUUAAUGUUAUUUAAAUCAUAGUAUUCCAGUACUGGUUGCGUAGUUGAGGAGCUUCCUAAGAACGUAAAGUUAUCUAGGAUGUUAACACGUUGGCUGCCAUAAUGUGGGAAAAAAAUGGCUCCUUACUGCCACCAGCCUCCCGUUUCUAAGCUAACGAGACAACUACGUUGUGUCACACGGCUGUUAUUGAAAAUCAACAUGAGACACAAGAUACGUAUCUCAUGGCAGCAAACGUGUUAAAGUUUGUUUAGCAGUAAAUGGUUGACUUCAAUUAGUGCGGUCGUAAAUAUUAUUAAAUUUAUCUGACUUCCAUUGUUAAGACCGGUCCGGAGCGAUAAACAAACGAGGUAGACAGAGUUGGUCUUUUGACAAUUAACACUGACUAUAGACGGUACUCCUAUGAUAAAGCAAAGGAUCCACAAAAUUUACAAUAAUUACGACAACAAAAACAAAAAACGGAUGUAAAAUAUAUUGCUUUGCCUUAUAUACCCGAAAUUAAUGUUUUCAAAUGAGUUUUAAAAUAAAUUAAAUCUAUUUUAAUUGCUAAGAUUAUAGAAAAACAAACAUUCAAACAUAUUUAAAUUUUACCUGAAACCGGGCCUUUUAUACUAUUAUCGGAAUGAUUAAAUAAUGAAACUAUAACAAUAUAAUCGAAUGAAGUUUAUUUAUAAAUCUACAUGAACUUAUAUACAAUAACAAAAACUACAGUUAAACAAUAACAAUGCUUAAUUCUAAUGUCUGAUUAGUGAUUAAAAUAAGUAAGAGUGAACACUAUAUUUUAGAUUUUAAAAGUUAGCUGCAUAAUAAUUGCAAACUGACAAUGAAGUCUAAUUUAGUAAUGUUUUGAUUAACGUAAUAUUCAUUUAGCCUAUUUUCAAUAAAAUCAACUUUUCUUUUUGCCGUUUUAUCAAGUUUUUUUCGAAUAUGUGCAGUAAUUUUCACAUAUACUUCUGCUUGAAAAUUUAACAAAAUGUCUGUAAAUUUAAAUAUGUCAUAAUGUGAUUUAUACAAACAUUCGUUAAAUUUCGAGUGAAAUGAUUCACAUACGUUUGUAGUAAAUAUAAGAGAUGACGAAUUUAAAGCCCAAAUGUAAAGUGGAAAUGUUGAAUCUUCCGUUAAAUAAUUUGGAAUUUCCGGUCAUUAACACUUAAUCCCCAACUUUCUCGGCGAUGGGGCAGCAGGUACUUGGGAUUAAUGGGCCCAGGUAAUUCGUGGGGCAGUUAGAUAACGCCGAUUUGAAGUUAACCAUUUACUACUAAACAAACUUUAAGAACAUGUUUAAGAUCUUUAGUUAUAAACUUGAACCGACACUUUGAUUAAUACUACAACUUUUCAGUUGUUCCAAGUCUUGACUUGCCAUUUAAAGACUUUACAGCGACUUAAAUGUCCUAAAUAUGUAUAUCUUUAUUGUUAAUUUCAUAUGUGAGAUAUUCACGAAAGUUGAUAUGUUAUAUUAUAUUAUAAAGUUGAAAAAAAGUAGAAAAAUAAGAAUUUUAAAGCCUAAAAUUUGGCCAAACUCGUUCUUUUUUUGCUGAUGACUUCUUUUAAUUAAUUUUUUAAUCAAACUUUUAUAGAUAAAAUGUGACAAAAACGCUACAGUAUAAAAUCACCCUAAAAAUAAAUCGAAUAUGUACAUAAUACUGAUUAUGGUGUAUGGCUUGUAUAUUUUAAGUAUGCGAAUGAAUGGAUGACGGUAAAAAAAUAUAGCCUCAGAUGUAUAUUUUCUUCAUAUCAAGUUAAAAAAUUGUUUUUUCUUUAAAUACUAUUAUAGAUAUAAAUAUAUUUUAAUGUUAUGACUA